GCUCGUUGCAUUACAACCCAAGAAGAAGAAGAAGAAGAAGCCUACGUAGCUACGCGGUGGUGGUACGCGCUGGAGCUGGGUGUGAAGAUGGCGGACGAGGAGGCCGAGCAGGACCGAAGUCCUGAGAACGGUAUCACUGAAACGAUUAGGGAACUCCGACAACGGCUGCAAGAACUGCAAGAAGUCGUGGUUAGAGAAAGUGGCGACUCUCCAGCCCAGUCCUCUUCUGAGUAUUGCCAAGAGUUCUGUAAGACACUGCUGGAGUAUGCAGGCCGUUGGAGGAUGGAGGAAGAGCCUUUGGCGCUGGUGGAGGUGUAUACUGUUGCACUGCUGAGUUACGCCCGGGCCUUUCCGUACCUCUCAAUGCAGUGUGAAAAUGUUUCUAUUGUGGUUGAGAGGCUCUCGCUGAGUUUUGUAGAGCUUUUGCUCUCACUGAAAACGGAUGUUCCAAAUGGCUUAUGGAGGGAAUUCAAGUCAUCUGUGCAGUUUUCUAACAGUAAGAUGCAGGAGAGUGGAAUCACUCAGCUGUCUCCGCUCUCUGCUUUGGGCCACUAUGAUGGUGUUUGGACUAACAGGGUCCUUCAAGGCCUUCUAUCCAACGAAAACCUACAGACUGAACAAGUUGAAGAGUUCCUGGUGCAGGAGGGGCUGGUGCUGUUGGAGAUGAGAGUGAAGCAGCUGAUGAAGGAGACUCAGCUGGGCAAGGCUGCACUGCUGGCAAAGGCAUGCUCUGAGUGCCCUGCCUUCCAAGGGAAGGGACUUUUCAAGCAGAUGUACCUUGUCUGCCUCUGUGCUACCUCAGAACAGGAUCAGCUGAUGGACGAGCUUUCAAAGGAGGAUUGCCGCGAUGCAUUAGAGAUGAUCUGCAACCUAGAGUCAGACGGAGACGAGAGGGCAGCUUUCAGCUUAUGCUCGGCCUUUCUGACCCGACAGCUUAUCCAAGGAGAUACAUACUGUGCUUGGGAGCUCACUCUUUUUUGGAGCAAGCUGUUGAAGCGAUUGGAGCCAUCAGAGCAGGCCUUCCUCGACAGAUGUCGCCAGAUGUCCUUACUGUCCAAAACUGUGUACCACGUCCUUUUCCUCAUCAAGGUCAUCCAAUCAGAGAUUGACAGCGUUGGACUUCCGAUGUGCAUCGAAAUGUGCAUAAGGGCUCUGCAAAUGGAAUCAAACGAUGGAAACACAAAGGCCACUGUGUGUAAAACUAUUUCCUGCCUGCUUCCAACUGACCUAGAAGUCAAGCGAGCCUGUCAGCUGACAGAGUUCCUCCUGGAGCCCACAGUAGAUUCAUACUAUGCUGUGGAGACUCUUUACAAUGAACCAGAUCAAAAAGUAGAGGAGGAGAAUAUGCCUGUUCCUAACUCUCUACGCUGUGAGCUCCUGCUGGUUUUUAAAACACAGUGGCCUUUUGACCCAGAGUUCUGGGACUGGAAAACACUUAAGCGUCAUUGUCUAGCACUAAUGGGUGAGGAAGCAUCAAUAGUGUCAUCCAUUGACUUGCUGAAUGAUAAUGAGGACCCCGAAGAAGAGGAAGACUUCCUCAGUCAGGAGGGGUUUAUGAAUAUCCCAGAGCACAUAGUUAGCGGCACCUAUGAACUGAACAAUGUUACAGACAGGAAACAGAAAAACAGAGAGAUGAAAAAACUGAGAGAAAAAGGUUUUAUAUCUGCCAGGUUCAGAAACUGGCAGGCAUACAUGCAGUACUGUGUGCUGUGUGACAAAGAGUUUCUCGGCCACAGGAUUGUCCGCCAUGCACACACUCAUCUGAGCGGUGGAGUUUAUAGCUGCCCAAUAUGUGCUCAAACCUUUACCUCGAAAGACACAUUGAUUCCCCAUGUAACAUCACAUGUUAAACAGUCGUGCAAGGAAAGGCUUACUGCCAUGAAAACCAACAAGAAAUUGACUAAUCCUAAAACGGCUGCCCCUGUUAUUGCAGCAUUAAAGGCUAAGACAGAAAACAAACUUCAUGAAAAUGGUGAUUCCUUAGGGCAAAAUGGGGCAGUGAGUCAGAAUGUUCAGGCCAAAGUAACUAGGUGUAACACAGAGAGUAGUGAGGACAAUGUAUGCCCUGUUGGAAAAUGCAGAAGAAGCUUCAAAUUUUUCAAAAAUCUCAUUGCACAUGUUAAAGCUCAUGGGGACAAUGAGGAAGCUAAGACUUUCCUUGAAAUGCAGAGCAAAAAGGUUGUUUGCCAGUACUGCCGCCGCCACUUUGUUAAUGUCACCCAUCUUAAUGAUCAUCUACAGGUCCACUGUGGUGUGAAGCCUUACAUCUGUAUACAGUUGAACUGCAAGGCAAGUUUUCUCUCCAACACCGAACUCCUUUUACACAGGAAAACUCAUUCUCUUUUUAAGGCUAGAUGCAUGUUUCCAAAUUGUGGAAAGAUUUUCAGUGAGGCCUUCAAACUCUAUGACCAUGAGGCACAUCAUUAUAAAACUUUCACUUGUAAAGUUGUGGACUGUGGAAAGGUAUUCCAUUCACAACACCAGCUGGAUUUGCACCAUGGAGGGCAUGCCACUCAGGAAGAGGAAAUCUCAACUUCUGAAGAGAUCUCACAAAAUAUGCAGCCAGGCCCUUCACUCAUUGAACAAAUGCUUUCCAAUCACACUCCAAUUAAAAAAGAGGAUUCCCAAAAAAACUGGAGCAAUGAGAGUGCUGAUAAUUUAAAAAAUGAAAGGCCGCCAGUGUCCAUUGAGAGUUUGCUGAAAUCUUCACCUGUGGAAGGACAAUACGGAGUCAAACAUGAACCACAAAAUUCCCCUUUCUCAUCCACCAGUCAGACACAGAAUUUGAUUAAUUCUGCGAUUCCGCCUGUGAAUUCUCACUUGUCUGAUCCUAAUAGACACAGACAUGGUGUAGGUGGUCAUUCUUUUGAUAACAUGAGACCACCACAACAGAAUCAACCAGUACCUCCAUUUGAACCUAAUUUGGGUAACGUGUCACAUAGCUGCAAUACAGAUGUCUUGCAAGGCCAGCCACAAAUGUUCCCCAGUAAUGUCAAUACAGGAUCAAAGAGUUAUAACUCUGACUGCAACUUACCGUUGUUAGGGCGGCAAGGGCCGUGUAGUAGCAAACUGUUAACAUUAACACCGCCCCAGAACUCCAUAGAGCCAGCAAUGUCACAACCACUUCCUCCAACAGUAACACCUCUGCCACUUACUGGGAACAGAUCAGAGAACUUUGUGACAUCCUCAACUAGCACAGGUCCCCCUCCGGGACAGAGAGAGCGAUUUCACUGUGCAUUUGAAACCUGCACAAGGCACUACUGCUCCUACCGAAGUGUUACCAAGCACAUGAAAACGGUUCAUCCAGAUUUUUAUGAGCAAUGGAAGGUUGUUAGAACUAAAAUCAAGAUAACCUACGCUCCAGCACCCAGCACGUCAUCUGUUGGACAUCUUAGUUCAGUCGCCUCAGUUCAGAACCAGCAGGGCAACGGAGUACCAGUUUGUAGCGUUCAGAGGCAGAACAUUAUUCAAUCACCUCCUUAUAGUAAUAUGGGUACAAGCUCAAACUGUACUAUUCUACAUUCCCAUUCCUCAUCUGGCCCCAACCAGAAUGCUUCACUUCUGAUGGAAAGUGUUUUAAAUCCCAUUGUUCUCUCUCAGCUAGGAAGUGAAACAAAUCCAAUAGCUUUGCAGUCCCAAGUUUCAGGUAGUCAAAAUUGGCACUUAGCCCCUGGAAGUGAACAAAUUCAAAACUGUGGUUCUUCCCAAGUCAUUCCAUCUACCAUGCAAGUGAUGCCAGAAGUUGAUUCUACUAGUGCUGCUCUGCCACUUAGUGUCCCAUCUUGCUCUAUGAUUGGCUCAACAAUGAACAGAUCAGCAGAGUGCCUGCAGCCACCACUUAAGGAAAGUGGAUCUCGGCCAGUUCUGCCCUUGUACGUGGAUGGUGCUAAGAAAGUGUCUCAUCAAGCAAAAGCCCUUAUUCCGCCAUACACAUCACCGAUGCACAGCAGUUUAGUUUCCGCUUCCAGGGCACCAAAAAAAAUUAAAUCGAUGCAAAAGCAUAUGCAGUCUAAUUUUUCCUUAUCAGACAGUGCUAGCCAAAAACACAGUAAUAACCAACCUCAAAAUGGCCCCAUCAUCUCUGAAAACAGCCCUGAAAAUCAAAAGCGAGCCCCAAGAAACAAAAGGACCAAAUGGCCAGCUAUUCAUAGGGAUGGCAAAUUUGUUUGUUGCAGGUGUUUUAGAGAAUUUGGUAGUCCCAAGUCCCUCGGAGGCCAUUUGUCCAAGCGUAUAAACUGCAAACCAUAUGAAGAGUCGGAACUGAACACAGACCUGCCAACAUCAUUUCUUGACCUUCUCAAUUCCGAGCAAACAGUUGGCACCGCAAACAUAAUGAAUGCCUCAUCAGUCAAUAACAAAUGUUUAUCAGUUUAUCAGGAGAAGCCUCAUCAGUCAAUAACAAAUGUUUCAGCUGUUUAUCAGGAGAAGCCUCAUCAGUCAAUAACAAAUGUUUCAGCUGUUUAUCAGGAGAAGCCUCAUCAAUCAGUAACAAAUGGGUCAACAGCCACAAAAGAAUACCCAACCCCUAAUUAUUCACAAGAUAUGGCCGUAUAUGGGAAUGGUGAGUCAAAUGAUGACAUUCUUAAACAAAUCAUGACCGAAUCCAACUUGUCUGAUCUUUUUGUGAACACAACUGCUACCCAGCAAUUGUUACGAAACCGCUGUGUUCCCUAUUUAGCUGGUGAACGCUUGCCGGGGAACUCUGUCAUACAGCAUACAGAAAAUGUCCAGCUAAAGCGAGAGGACAACUCGUAUAAUACAGCCCAUUAUCCUCAGCCUAGCCUUGAAACAUUUGCUAGAAGUGAGUGCCCUGAUCCACUUCUUUCUCAAAUUCUCAAAGAAACUCCCUCCUCUUGUGUUCCUGGAAGUUUUCCCACAGACCACAGUGAAGGGUAUCCCUCUGAAACAACCAUUCAGACACCAGAUUCAAAUCCCGUGACUCAAACACGGUUACCUGAUAGUCAGCUAAGUCCAGCAACAAGUGGCAAUCAGGCUGAGACGCAAAGAAAGACAACUGAGCAAGAAAUUAAAAAGAGACUGCGGGAGCAGAUUUUGGCUGGUGACUUUCAACGUAAAAACAGCUUAUACCAUUUAAGCAACACUGAUUCUAAUGCUAAUUCAAGAAGUCCCAUGUCUUUUGGCCCAAUGUGCAGUCCUUCCGAUAAUUAUAGACUUCAUCAAAUGUCUUGUGACGCAAAGAGCGACUCUACUAGUCAAGUCAUUCUAGCAGAAGAAGAAGAAAACUCGACAAUCAUCCCAGAAACCUCUGGCGAAAUGGAACAACUACUGAACAAACGGAGCUUUACUUGUUUCAGAGAGUCCUCCACCUUGCAGAAAGAGGGACGGAGCCCCACUGGCGUCCUGGGCAGUGAUGCUGAUUUGGAGCCCACUCAGUUAUCUGCCUGCCAGCAACUGUGGAUGACAGAAAUUCAAAGUGCAUUUGAGCGGCUGGACUUGGUCAGAGAAAUAUGUGAUGAAACGUCAGCUUUCAUGCAACAAAAGAGCAAUAUCGUGGAACAAAAAAGCAAUACCAUGGAACAAAAAAGCAAUGGUACGAACAGCCAGAAAAAAUCUACAAAGGACUUUGUCAAGCCGUUUGCUUGUGAGGAUAAGAACUGCGCAUUUAGUUCCAUGUCGGGUGAAGCGCUUUGGAAACACCUCUCCAAAACUCACAGCUACACAAUUGAGAUGGUGAAUGUGGUAAAAAAAAGGUAUGGCCAAUACGCUCCUUUCAAGUGUCAAAAGUGUAGUAAAAGAUUCACUCGUAACUCAAACCUUCGCGCUCACUACCAGUCAGUUCACAAAUUAUCAGCUGAAGAAAUCACAGAGCUAGAUACGAAGCGCAGAGAGGCCAAUGCCGCUGCAUCUGCUGCUAUUAGAAGUGGUCUUUCUCCAGCAGCUCAAACCACAAUGGCUACUCAUUCAUCAAUGGAGAAUGAAACCCCUCGGUGUUCACUCAAAGAUGCAGUAAAACAUAAUCGCCAAUCCCAGGCAUUUGUAUCACUUACUAACAUGGAUGUAACCAAUCAGAAAAUUCAAGUUGACACUCGCUCCACAGUUAUUCACCCCUUGCAUUUAGCUUCCACACACAACCAAGCAAUGACUCCACCAGUACAGGCCCAUACCUCCACAUCAACCUUUCAGUCAGUACAAGCGGGGAUGGCAGCACAACAGUGGUCACAUGGACUGCAAAGAAACUUGCCCAAGGUGCCAACUCAACACAAAGGUGGUCAACAAGUUGAAGCCCAUUUCCCUCAGGUGUCAGCUCUUCUCACCCAGGCUCUGUCUGCCACACCUCAAGCUAAUGGGCCUCCAUCUCUUGACAGACACAAACCAUCUAUCAACAAGCCAAGUCUUGACAUAACCAAGAAGACAAAGGAGAAGAAGCCCAACUCUGGUAAUGUCAAGAGUCCGUACAGACCAUAUCGCUGCGUUCAUCAAGGCUGUGUGGCAGCCUUCACCAUCCAGCACAAUCUUAUCCUCCACUACAGGGCUGUUCAUCAGUCUGCUUUGUCAGCAUUGGAAGUAAACAAAGAGCAGGACCAGAGUGAGGGACUGGAUGAAAUCAUGGACCACGAUGAGGAGGAGCCAGCGGCAGAGAUCCCCCAAAUUUCUGAAUUCCGAUGCCAAGUCAAAGACUGCUCCCGAGUUUUCCAAGAAGUCCCCAACCUUUUGCAGCAUUAUCUUCAGCUGCAUGAAUUCAGUCUUGAUAGGGUUGGCAAUCUCUUGAUGAGCAUCAAGCUCGGCAAGUUUGCUUGUAGCCACCAGGGAUGCACAGCAUCCUUCACUGCUUUCUGGAAGUAUAUAGCGCACGUCAAAGAACAGCAUAAAGAUAUUAAGUUGGCCAAACCUGAACAAUUAAUUGGCUCCUUCAAGUGUGAAAUUGAAGGCUGUGACCGUUCGUAUGCCACAAAGUCAAACCUGCUCAGACAUGUCAUGAAAAAGCAUCAGGACCUGUACCAGCCUAAACUAAAGAAUCAACAAAUAAAAGAUCGGAUCAAACAGGCCUCAAAGACUUUGCAUUACCAAAUUACCAAGACAAGUAAUGGGAAGGAAAACAUUGAGAGCAAUAAAAAGAUCUUACAGAGACGAAGUGAGGCAAAAAGAGUUAGCAAGGCAAAAAAACAUCACUGGACUAAAUACGGCAAACCCUCCUUGAAAUCUAAAGUGGAGGCCUCUUCAAUGUGCACUAAGAAAUUCCCUCUGCAAUACCCCUGUAUGAUUAAAGGUUGUGAGUCGGUCAUGAAGUCUGAACGGAGCAUAUUAAAACAUUACGUGGGACACGGACUGUCAGAAAAGUACCUGGAACAGCAAAGGAGUCACUUCAUAUUCUGUAAAAAGUUCCCCAGGCAGAAGUGCCGCUCCAUCAGGAGUGACGAUUCCAAAUCGGACAACACCUCUGACCUGUCGGACAACGAGUUGACAGCAGACGCUGGCCUGGAAGGAGAGGAAUAUGGAUAUUCAAAGCCGGUCCUACGCAAAAGAACCGCCGCAGGGUCUCCUGCCACCUUGUUCGACAGCAAACUAUCAAACGAUGAAAGUUCCGACGGCUCUGUGGUACUCAAACGCAAACGAGGACGUCCGCGAAAACUGAUUGGAAAAGUAGUGAAACGCAAGAAAAUUCCACGUACGACCAAGACUGACGUAGUUUACAGCCGGGACGAUGAAUCGGACUCCUCUUGCCCUGCAAUAAUCCAGGAGAUGACUGAGCAAAAUGCUCCACUGGCCUCUUUUAAACCAAUGGGCUUUGAAAUGUCGUUCAUAAAAUUCCUGGAACAGUCAAAUAAAUGUGAACAUCCCUUGAUGAGGAAGGUUGAUGUACCAGAGACGUGGAGAAAACCAUCCAGUCUGAACACAAAGGACACUUAUGUCAGAUUCAACAACCCUCAGAAUUUGAAAUCACUUGGUAAAGUCAAAUUAAUUAUAGACCGGGCCUUUUCAAGUGUCACUGACCAUAUGUUAAAACAGCUGCAGGACAUGCGGCCCACAGUAGUAUUGUAACACAAAACUUUUUUUUUUGUAAAGCAGAAUCUCAGGACUAGAAUGAGUAAAAUCUGCUGCAGACUGGUGCCCUACGUAUGAAUAUUUUUUACACCUCCAGGUAUUAAAACAAGGUUGUUUUGAUUCAUACUGUAAUAUCUGUACAAUUUGUCUUUUUUAUGGAAAAGUAUAUAGCAUGUUUGUAUGUAUAGACUUAUAAGUCAAAUGUACCUGAACAUUCAAAUAUGACAUUGUUUUGGUGUCUUAAUUAUCCCUGUGGGACUUGCAGACAAAUAGACUUUGAGAAGGAUUGUGUGUAUUGUGUGUAGUUUGUGAUUCGGAGAUGUUGAUUAUUGUGCAUUGAUUAUAUAGUCUGAAAUGACCCACUGCCACCAGCAGUCUUACUAUUAAAUGAGCUGUUUUUUUUAAAAAGAGUUCCAGUUUAACUUGUUUUUUUUUUAAAAUCACUUGCCAUUUUAUUUACUUUGGAGCUGCUGCAUGCACACUGAAUGGAAAAUGAUUUUUUUUGUGAAAAUUCUUGAAUUAUUAAAAACAAAUGGGCUCUGUGCUGAAGUUAAA